GGGCGGGCGGAAGGCGGAAGUGAGGCGGGCGAGGGACCCCGGGGGGGGGCGGGAGGCGGCGGUGGCGACCCCCCCCCCCCGCCGGCACCGGCACCCGCCCGGCGGGAUGGCCGUGACCUAGACCCAACCGGGGCCAGCGGGGCCGCCGCCAUGGAGCAGCCCCGGGACCGGGACGCGGCGGCCGAGGGAAGCGACGGCCCCGGCGGGAGCCGCGACAGCCCCGGGGGGACAGCGGGGGACAGCGCGGCCUGGAACGGGACCUGCGGCCGAGCCCCCGGCCCGGAGGAGGACGACGACGACCGCGACCCGGGCCCCGGGGCCCACCCGUGCUCCUGCCGCUACCGGGGGGAACCGGCCGCCCCCCCCAGCCCCGCGGCCGAGCGGCGGGACCGAUCCUGCGGCCUGAGCUGCCGCGCCUCGGCGCUGCCCCCCCGGCCGGGGGAGGGCGAGGACGAGGAGGAGGAGGAUGGCGCGGGGAAGGGAGGCCGAAGGCUGCGGAGGCGCCCGAGACAUCGCUCGACCCUGAAGGAGAAGGAGGAAGGCGGCCGGCGCGAGGGUGGCGCGGGCAAGCGGAACCGGCCGGCGCGGAAGAGGAGCCGCGGGGACGGGACCGAGGGGCCAACUGGCUACCGGGGGCUGCUGGCCCUGGGGGGGCUGCUGGCCCGGGGGCACCCGCUGGCCCGGGGGCUCGCCCGGGCGUGCCGGCUGGGCACCGAGGCCGUGGGGCAGCUGCUCUGCUCCUGCUGCCGCCUCGGCGAGCCGGGCUCGGCGCCGGCCGGUGUGUGGGGCUGGAGCCGGCGAGUGGGCCAGCGGGCCCGCAGCGGGUCCCUGCGGGCAGCCCGGUGGCUGAGAGCCGGGGCUGGGCUCUUCCUCCGCUUGCUCGGGAUGCUCGGAGCGCUCCUCCUCCUCCUCCUGGCGCUGGUGCUGAGGCUCUGCGGGCGCCUGGGCAGGAGCCGGCAAGCGGCUCGGCUGUGGGCGCUGCUGGACGUGGCCACGCUCCGCAGGACGUGGGGGCUGCUCGGGGAGAGCCGGCUGUGCCGGCACCUCGGGGACUGGCUGCGGAGGCGGCGGGAGCCCCCCUGGGUGCCCGCGGGGGGUGGGCCGGGGGACACGACGCCCGUCCGCGACGCCGGGGCCGGGGAGGAGGUGAGGCGGCUGCUGGCCAUGGCCGAGGUGCCCGAGGAGGAGCUGAACCCCUUCCAGGUGCUGGGCGUGGAGGCGACGGCGUCGGACGCUGACCUGAAGAAGGCUUAUCGUCGGCUGGCUGUGCUGGUCCACCCGGAUAAAAACGAGCACCCGAGGGCGGAGGCGGCGUUCAAGGUGCUGCGGGCGGCUUGGGACAUCGUCAGCAGCCCCGAGAGGAGGAAGGAGUACGAGCUCAAGCGGAUGGCAGAGAGCGAGCUGACGCGGUCCAUGAGCGAGUUCCUGAGCCGGCUGCAGGACGACCUGAGGGAGGCCAUGAACACCAUGAUGUGCAGCAAGUGCCAGGGGAAGCACAAGAGGUUCGAGAUGGAUCGCGACCCCCUCAGCGCCCGGUACUGCGCCGAGUGCGGGGGGCUGCACCCUGCCGAGGAGGGCGACUUCUGGGCCGAGUCCAGUUUGCUGGGGCUGAAGAUCACCUACUUCGCCAUGAUGGACGGCAAGAUCUACGACAUCACGGAGUGGGCCGGCUGCCAGCGCGUGGGGAUCUCCCCGGACACCCACCGCGUCCCCUACCACAUCUCCUUCGGCUCCAGGAGCUCCGGGCGGCAGAGGAGUGCCUCCAAGGGCGGCCCCACCUCGGCUGCCGACCUGCAGGAUUUCUUCACCCGCGUCUUUCAGGGGAGCUCAGGACAGAUGCCGGGGGGGCCCUUCCCGCCACCCCCUACCCCUCCAGGGGCCACAGCCCCCCCAGGGGUGCCCCCCCGGGCUGAGGGGGCUGCCCCCAAAGGUGACGCGAAGCACAAGAGGCGGAAGAAGGUGCGUCGGCCGUUGCAGCGCUGAGCGGCGCCGGGCAUGAAAAGGGCUCUUUCAAAUAAAAAAAAUCUAUUUUUC